CAAUAGAAAAAUUACCAAGGUUAUUAGUUUGCACACCUCCCGGAAGGACGGGUGUCCCACCAAUAGCCUCCGCCCGACCUGGCUUAAACCCCAACGACCCCAAGAAGAAGGAUAAGGGGAAAAAAAAAGAGAUAAUGGAUGACCCUUCGAGCCGUAAGUCAGGUAAUAAUGCACAAGCCGACGAGCCACAGUGUGCGCCAAACGCUCCAGCCCCCGCCAUGUCCUCGGACUUGCCCUCCUACAUACCGCCCUACAUACCGCCGCUACCUGAAGGUCACGAGCUUCCAUUUGUGCGGCCAUCAUCGUAUCUCAGACCCAAAUUUCGGAGUCGUACAACACCGGUUCCCACGAUACCAAUGAGUCCCAUUGACGAAGAACAGUUGCAAGGCCUAAAAGGCUUGCGCAACUUUCUUCGGGUUAGAACUAGCUACGACGUGCUCCCGUUAUCUUUCCGCCUCAUCGUACUCGACAAUGAUCUACUAAUCAAAAAGAGCUUGGAUAUUUUGAUCCAGAAUGGAAUCGUGUCCGCGCCUCUUUGGGAUUCGCAGCAGUCCAGGUUCGCCGGUCUACUUACCGCAACCGAUUAUAUAAACCUGAUACAAUAUUACUGCCAAUUCCCCGAACACAUCGAGGACGUAGAGAAGUUUAGGCUGAGUAGCCUCCGCGACAUCGAAAAGGCAAUCGGCGUGUUUCCGCUGGAGACCGUGUCCGUCCAUCCGUCGAGGCCACUCUACGAAGCCUGCAGUCGUAUGCUUAAGAGCCGCGCUCGUCGUAUUCCUCUCGUCGAUAUCGACCACGAAACCGAGAGGGAGACAGUCGUCAGCGUGAUUACGCAGUACCGAAUACUGAAGUUCAUCGCCGUCAACACGGAACAGCAUACUAUGCUUCUCAAGCAGACGGUACGGGAGAUCGGGCUAGGGACAUACAGCAACCUCGCGACGGCUAAGAUGACGGAUUCGGUCCUGGAGGUGAUCAAUUUGAUGGUGGUGCAUAACAUCUCUGCUGUGCCUAUUAUUGAUAAAAACAAUGUCGUACUCAACGUGUUCGAGGCCGUCGAUGUUAUACCUUGUAUCAAAGGAGGCGCAUAUGACGAAUUAAAAUCAACAGUAGGAGAAGCGUUGACGAAGAGACCGGAAGAUUUCCAAGGUAUCUACACUUGCCAAGAGGAUGACAGGCUUGAUUCGAUAUUCGUUACGCUACGCCAGUCUCGAGUCCAUAGGCUAGUAGUCAUUGAUGACAAUUGGCAUUUGAAGGGAAUUAUCUCGCUAUCCGACAUCCUUAGGUACGUCUUAUUUACUGGCGUUACUAGCGACGAGGGCGAAAAUUUCCCACCGCCGUAACAAGUCGAUGGUAACUCGACGCUUUUUGUAAUGACGGUACGGUACCUUGGAAUCUGGAAACCAUAGGGAUACGAGGAUCAUGGAGUCAUAGUGUGUUAUUGGUAGGCAUUAUAGGGGAGUCUGGCGUUCGAAAGACUAAAGUGGUUUAUAAGGAUCAGUCCUUUUGAGCCCGCAUAGGUUUUCAUUGUCUCCAUAUCCUCACGCUGAUCUAUCUAAUCGAUUACGACUACUUUGGAUUAGGGGGGAUUAUAAGGAUCAGAUUUGGGGGCACGGCUUGGUAGAAGACGAAAAUGUCCGGAUCUACU